CUCCUUUCGAUCAUUUAUUUCACCUACGAUUACUAAUAAUAUCAAAAUGCAAAACACAAAAAAUGCAAAUGAAUGGGUGAAUUGGAUUGAAGAAUCUAUAUCUAAGGAAUAUUAUAGAUUUUAUGAAUUUGAACAUUUUAGUAAUAUCCAAAUAAUUGGAACUGGAGGGUUCGGAAAAGUUUAUCGUGCAAGUUGGAAAAAUUCCGAACAAUAUUUAGCGUUGAAGUCUUUUUUUAAUAUUGAUAACGUCACUGCAAAAGAAAUUGUUCAUGAGCUUAAGCUUCAGCGUGAUAUACAAUUUCAUAAUAACAUUAUUAAAUUUUAUGGAAUUGCAAAAUUUGAUCCAGGUAGAAAAUGAUAACGUUCAAUCAAAAAAUUAUUUACUAGUUAUGGAGUAUGCUGAUUCUGGUCCACUUAAAAAUUAUUUAAAGGAAAACUUUAAUAUUCUUACUUGGAAUGAUAAAUACAACUUAGCAUACCAAUUAGCUUGUGCCGUUUCAUGUAAACAUAACGAAGGCAUCGUGCAUCGUGAUUUGCAUUCUGGCAAUGUUUUGGUCCAUCAAAACACUAUCAAGUUGUCCGACUUUGGGUUGUCAAAGAGAAUUGAAUCAUCAUCCAAUGCACAAUCAAAAUUUUUUGGAAUAAUUCCUUACGUUGAUCCGAAAAAAUUUAGCGGGCGAAGAAGGAAUAGAAACUCAACACAAAUAUUCUCAUUAAAUGAAAAAAGCGAUAUCUAUAGCGUUGGUGUUUUAUUCUGGGAGAUUUCUAGUGGUCAAUUUCCCUUUUAUACAGAAGGUGAACAAUAUGAUGUUGAUUUAGCAAUAGAAAUUUCACAAGGUCUUAGGGAAGAACCUAUCCCUAAUACACCAGAAGAUUAUAUUAAAAUUUACACUGAAUGUUGGAAUGGCGAACCUGAUAAUCGUCCAACUAUAAAUCAAGUAGUAGAAAGAUUAAGGGAAAUUAUAACAAAAACGAAUAUAACAACAGAAAAUAAUAUUAGCGCUUCUUUGAAUACCGAUAGUCAUGGGGAAAUGUCUCAAAUUAUACAAAAUUUUAAUAAAAUGAAUACAAAGGAAAUUGUACCCGCAAACAUAAUAAUUGAAAAUGAUUCAUUUGAAAUAGUUAAUAAUAUUGUAAAUUAUAUUUUCAAAAUAGUUAAUGUAGGAAAAGAAUUUACAUUAACCAAAAGUACUAGAAAUAUUCUUGAUUAUUUUAAUAAUAAUAAUAUAAAUUCACAGGAAAUUUAUGAUUGGUUAUUAAUUAAUCAAAAUAAUUCAGAUUCUAUGUUUUUACUUGGAUAUUUUAAUUAUUUAGGAAUUGAAACAAGCGAAGAUAAUAAGAAAGCAUUUGAUUUAUUUAUUAAUGCAUCAGAGCAAGGUCAUAUAUUAGCACAAUUAUAUGUUGGAUCGUGUUAUCAAUCUGGUUAUGGAACUACAAAAGAUAAAGAGUUAGCUUUAAAAUAUUACGAAAAAAUAGCAAAUCUAGGUUAUGCAUCAGGUUUAUUAAAAGUUGGAUAUUGUUAUGAUUGUGGAAUAGGAACUAGUGUUAAUUAUCAAAAAGCAAUUGAAUUAUAUCAACAGGCAGAAAGUUUAGGAAAUAUUGUUGCACAAUAUAAUGUUGGUACUAUGUAUUUAAAUGGAGAAGGUGUUGAUAAAGAUUAUAACAAAGCUUUUGAAUUAUAUCAGCAGGCAGCAAAUUCUGGAAAUUGUAAUGCUCAACAUGGUCUUGGCCUUAUAUAUGAAUAUGGAAUGGGAAUUGAAAAGGAUAUAAAUCAAGCGAUUUAUUGGUAUGAAAAAUCUGCUAAACAAGGAUAUAAGAAAGCUCAAAAUGCAUUGGAAAUAAUCAAGCUUUCUUUUUAAAUACAUUAUUAAUUAUUUGGUUAAUUAUAUGGUACAUGACUACAUGCAUAUUAUUUAUUAAUAGCACUACUUUAUUUAAACUGCGUCUAAAAGAUGAGUAAACGUAAUCUCAAUAAUAGUAUUUUUACUUUUAUUAAACACGUGAAGCUUUAAAAAAGCAUAAUUAUAGAGUUGUUUAUCACUUCUUAAAUUUAUUAAUUUAUUCUGAGCAUCCAUAUCUAUAACUGAAAUAAAAAACGUUGCAUUUAUUU